UAGUGUAAAGAGACCAAAUAUAGAGACCAAGAAUCAGAGAAAGAAACGGAAAGGCACACAAAAAUAAAAUAAAAAUAAUAGCCAAGUUUGAUUAUUCAUCAGUUUCCUGAAACACGGCUUCUUUAUUUGGAAAAGGAUUCCAACAAGACCAAAAUCAGAACUUUAGCGACCAAGAAUUACUAUUUCAAUACCAAAAGAACAAGAACAAGAACAAGAUAGGCAGUGCAAGAAUCUCAGCCCCACACGGUGGAAGGGGUGCUCUUCCUUCUGAUGGUGGUUGCCCUUCUGAUCUCCUUUUCUUGGCUGGCGGUGGCAGCCGAAGUUUGACAGUUUCUGCGUUUUCUUUUUUUUUUUUUAUACUAGUUGUUGUAUAGAGAUUUUGCAGGUUUUCUUUAGGAAUAUUUGUAGUUGAUUAAAAGAGGAUAUAUAAUAUAAAGAUGAUGCUGACGAUAAAGAAGGUUCCUACUGUGGUUUCAAAUUAUCAGGAGGAGAAUUCUGAAAAAGGGUUUGAAGGGUGUGGCAGGAAUUGCCUUGGGAAGUGUUGCUUACCUGUGUCUAAGCUGCCUCUGUAUGCAUUCAAGGAAGACAAUUCGAAUUUGAUUGGAAAUAGUGUUGAGAAAUCAUCAGAAGAACAGCCUCAUAUUUGUUUCCUGCACAACCUGUUGCUGGGACAAUGGGAGGAUCGAAUGAGCCGUGGCCUUUUCCGCUAUGAUGUGACUGCUUGUGAUACAAAGAUCAUUCCUGGUAGAUAUGGUUUCAUUGCGCAACUGAACAAGGGCCGCCAUCUGAAGAAGAGACCCACUGAGUUCAGGGUCGAUAAGGUGCUUCAGGAUUUUGAUGAGACUAAGUUCAAUUUCACCAAAGUAGGACAGGAAGAAGUGCUUUUCAGGUUUGAAAAAAGUAUUGACCACAACAGACAUUUUUUUCCUUGUGCGCCGCCUACAACAGCUGAUUCCAACAACUCAAGUGUUGUUGCUAUCAAUGUGAGUCCAAUUGAGUAUGGACAUGUUCUCUUGAUACCCCAAGUUCUCAAUUGCUUGCCUCAGAGGAUUGAUCAUGGCAGCUUCUUACUUGCUCUUCAUAUGGCUAAAGAAGCAGCUGAUCCUUUCUUUAGAGUGGGUUACAACAGUUUGGGUGCUUUCGCCACAAUUAAUCACCUACACUUCCAAGCAUAUUACUUAGCAGCACCCUUCCCUGUUGAGAAAGCUCCAACUAGAAGAAUAAUGAUAAUGAAGAGUCCGCAAGAUAAAGGAGUAAUCGUUUCGCAGCUCCUGAAUUAUCCAGUGCGAGGUCUUGUCUUUGAGGGUGGAAAUACAGUUCAAGAUCUAUCUGAUUCAGUAGCUAGUUCUUGCAUUUUCCUCCAGAACAACAAUAUCCCUUUCAAUGUGCUCAUUGCUGAUUGUGGAAGAAGAAUUUUUCUCUUUACACAGUGCUAUGCCGAGAAACAAGCACGCGGAGAAGCAAGCCAGGAGCUGUUGGACACUCAAGUUAAUCCAGCCGUUUGGGAGAUCAGCGGACAUAUAGUGCUGAAGAGACAGGAGGAUUUUGACGAUGCCUCAGAAACAUAUGCAUGGAGACUUCUUGCUGAGGUUUCUCUAUCAAACAAGAGAUUCCAUGAAGUAAAGGCUUAUAUAUUGGAAGCAGCAGGCUUUCAGACAGAUAUAGAGGAAAAUAACAGAGAUCUUGAGCGAGAACCCAUCUAUGAGCAACGUUCCCCUGAAGCUUUAACACAUUUACCUCAAGAUUGCAUGGUCUUUUAUUGAAAGGCUAUGUGUGGUUAUUUACAAAACUAUCAUUUUGUAAUAGUUCUCAUACCCUAUUUUAGCUGUCAUUUAUACCAGAACAACAGGUUCUUUCCAUUCC